UUGUGAUAGAGCAGACACCUCCCGUUUUAUACGGUACACAGUACAUGUAGAAUGGGGGUGUGUAGUAUAUGGCUGCUGAUGGUUCUGUGUCUCCUAUCAACUUUAAAGAUUGUCACCGCAUCAGUUAACACAUGUCGUUAUCCUAAUGUCAAAAUCACCACUCAAAGUUCAAACCACAGUGAUAACUAUCCUAGUCGUAAGGCGGUAGAUGGCUGUACAAAACAGACAUUCGACGAGCCAUAUUGUUGCUCACAUACAGCACCAGGUCUACAGCAGGCAUGGUGGCAAGUUGAUCUAGAGGGACCGAUCGUUAUGGAAUACGUCCGAAUAUACUACAGAAAUGAAACAGAAGAGCAAAAGAAACGAUUUGGUGGCUACCAAAUAUACCAGUCGAACACGUCGGAUUGGCGGGUCGGUCACCGUUGCCGUAUAGACAGAACAUCUACGUCGAAAGAGUUAUCAUUUACCCAAAAGAUCCGAUGUCCAGGAAUCGCUCAGUUCCUGACUAUUUACAGCGACAGACGGUCGCCUGAUCGAUCGUGGUACUCAAAGAAGGCUAUUCUGGAGCUUUGCGAGGUAGAAGUAUAUGGUUGUCCAUUGGGGAAAUAUGGUAAAGGCACUUGUGAAUCAGAUUGUGCUGCAGGAUGUGCCAAUAGCCUGUGUGAUCCAGUGACUGGAGAAUGCAAAUACUGUGCUGAUGGAUACUAUAAGGAUGGAUCUUUAUGUAUAGAAUGCCCUUCAAAUUGUAACGAUGACGUAUGCGAUGUAGAAUCCGGUGUUUGUUCUGCGUGUACUCCCGGGUAUUACGGCAGACAUUGUUAUCAGACUUGUCUAUUCAACUGUAAAGAUAACCGAUGUAUACAAAGCAAUGGAAAGUGUAAAGAUUGUGAGAAUGAAUUCUUUGGAUCGUCUUGUGAUGAAUGCUCUAGUGGUUGUACCGAUCGUGUCUGUGACAAAAUAUCCGGAAACUGUAGUCCAUGCAAACCUGGAUAUUUUGGUGAUACCUGCAACACAAGCUGCCCGUCCAACUGUAAAGGGGAUAUAUGUAAUCAGAACAGUGGACUAUGUACAGCAUGCAAACCUGGAUAUUUUGGUGAUACCUGCAACACAAGUUGCCCGUCCAACUGUAAAGGGGAUAUAUGUAAUCAGACCAGUGGACUUUGUACAGCAUGUGAACCUGGUUUCUUUGGACACAAUUGUAAUAUGUCAUGUUUUGGUCAUUGUAACAACGAUGAAUGCCAACAGAACAACGGGACGUGCAUAGCUUGUAUGAAUGGAUAUUUUGGACUUGACUGUGAAGAGGAAUGUGGACAGUGCAGUGAUGUAUCCUGUAGUAGGUCCGACGGGCUAUGCUUAUGUAGCAACAUGACACACGGGACAUGUGGGUGUAAAAAUGGCUGGGGAGGAACGCAUUGCACUACAAAGAAUGAGAUUUCAAUCUCAGACGACCAAACCGAAACGCAUGCUGGGGUUGGUGUCGGUAUUGCUGUUGGAGUGGUGAUUGCGAUUGGUCUCGUAAUAGCAAUUGUCGUUAUCCGUAGAAGGAAACGAUUACCAAAACACAAAGACAAUCAACGUGAAAGCAGCAGCAGCAGCAACAGCAGCAAGACGAUGGGAAAUGUAGAGUCUUUACCAAUCCCGCUUGGAACACCAAACCAGCAAAGAAAUAAUGGAGAUACCAGAAGUGAAGACAGACAGGUUUACGUGAACGUACACAACAUUGACCCCAAAACUGAUAAUGACGUCGUGUAUAACAACAUUGACGUCACCGGUGUCCCUAUUCAUGAACUGCGGUCUAUCAUUGAUAGCAAGCUUGAAAAUAAAGCGUCAGCAUUUCAAGUGGAAUUUCAGACGUUUCCAUGGGGAGCGGAACGUCCCCACGAGGCUGGAAAAAAGACAUCAAACAAACCGAAGAACAGAUUCAAGACAACUUUCCCAUAUGACCAUUCCAGAAUAGUUUUAGAUACAAACGGCAAAGAUAUCGAUACAAGCUACAUCAACGCAAAUUAUAUCGAUGGUUUUGAAAACGAAAAAGAAUACAUUGCCAGUCAAGGACCGAAGCCAAACACUCUGGACGACUUUUGGAGGAUGGUGUGGCAGGUGAAUUCUGGGAAGAUUGUUAUGUUGACAAACCUCGUGGAGGGUCGCAAUGUAAAAUGUCACAAAUACUGGCCCGAUGAAGGAGAAUCACUUGUUACACAGACAUUUGAGCUCAAACUUGACAGAGAGAGGACCUAUGCCUUCUAUGUCAUCCGUGACAUUUCAAUCACUCUUAAAAAGACAAAGGAAGAGCGUCAGGUCCAUCAGUUUCACUUUACUACAUGGCCUGAUCAUGGAACUCCGGACACGUACGAACUCGUUCUUUUCGACCGCCGUGUGACGUCAUACAACACACCACUGACGGGACAAAUGAUUGUACACUGCAGUGCUGGAAUUGGGAGGACUGGUACCUAUAUCGGUUUAGAUGCAUUACUUUCUCAUGGCAAGAAAACGGGAAAAGUUGACAUACCCAGAUACAUCAGAACCAUGAGGACUGGUAGAAUGAACAUGAUCCAAACUUAUGAACAGUACAUCGCUUUGCACGAAUUACUUGUGGAAGGAUUCAAUUUACAAGAAUCACUCAUUUUUCGAGUGAAUUUCCCCGCUGUACUAGAAACAAUGUGUCCUACGAAUGCACCAGCGAAUCAGACAAGGACUCAUCGGGAAUUUAAGGUGUUAAAAACAUUAACUCCAAACUACUCCCUGAGUUGUUUUAAAGCUGCGUUACUGGCAGAAAACAUGGAAAAGAACCGGGAUAAGGCCAUUCUAGCAGCGGACAAGUACAGACCAUUUCUUCAGUCACAAUUACCGAACAUGACAGAUUACAUCAAUGCUGUAAUGAUACAGUCACACACUUCGAUGUCUGGGUAUCUGAUGACACAGUUUCCUUUAGUGGACACCAUCGAUGACUUCUGGACAAUGGUGUUUGACUACAGCUGUGAAAACAUUGUCGUUCUUGGAAAACCACCAGAGAAAGAGGCUUGGCUUCGAGAAGAGGGCGGAGGCUUUGCUGCAGGAAAUUCCAUUUCAGUAAAAAAGUUGCAGGAUCGAUCUCCAAACACCGAGUUGGCUAUUGUAGACUACCAAGUUGAAAGAGAGAUAUCCGGCAGUGAGACUAUCAGGAUCUUCAGCAUGUCUAAGUGGUCAUCAAACUCGUUACUGCCUCCAUCUGACUCGUCUCUUCUCCAACUGUUGGAACAGCUAGACAGUCGGCGACGGUCAGACAACACAAGACCUGUUGUUGUCAUGUGUCGGGACGGAUGCACACAGAGUGGACUGUUCUGUUGUAUAUCCAAUAUCAGAGAUCAAAUGAAGAUGGACGAAGAGGUGGACAUAUUCCAAAUAACAAGGCAGUUGAAAAAACGGAGACCAGAGGCGCUAGAAAAUGUUGAGCAAUAUCAGUACUGCUACAACAUUCUGGGGCUAUAUCUGGAUUCAACUGACGUGUACGUGAACUGAAGAGACCUCAAUGCGUGUUUAGUGUAACACUCCAAAAGCAUAUGGAUUCACAUUUACUGAAAAUAAUCCAGUGAGAACAUGUAUAUCGUUACACUUAAAGUGUUGACUUUGUUUGAUUUCCUGCAUCUACUUACAAUAAUUUAUUUAAUCCCUUCAUAUUUUAAGUGAUUAUUAUAAACAGCACCUGUAUAGCAAUAUACUAAACGUGAAGAUAUCAUAUCUAUACAAUGAACGACUGAAAACUGGUUCAGCUUAUGGAGCCCAAAUAUGAAAAAUGUAAGAUGUAGAAAAGAUUCCUACCUACUUCCAUAUUAACUGAAUUUAACUCAACAUUGACUGUGGGCUCACAGCAGAACAACACAUUUGUGCAUCAACAGAACAAAGCCAAUGUGUAUUUUAUUUAACCUUACUUGAAGUAAAGAUAUAGCGCCUAUCGGAUAAUACAAAAGACUAUAUAAAUAAUUCAUGCUUAUGCAUCAUUAUAUUGAAAAUGUGUUUCCUAUAUAACAUAAACAUAAUUAUUUAAUAGAACAGGUUACGCACAUCAAUUUGACUUUUUAUUGAGUUUUAUUGACUGAUUUAUGCUGAUAAGGCAUUUAUCUACGGUUUACUUAGAAUUUCAUGUGGUAUUGGACAUAUUUGACAUAAUAAUCCACUCUCUCUCUUGCUCUUAUUUAUAUGCAUCUUGAUCUUGUGAAACAUUAUACUAUAAAAUAAAAUGUAGGUCAAUGUGGCAUAUAGUUUCCGGUUCACUGACUUUGAUUAGAAUUGUCAUGAGCUCCGUUUAUCUAAGAAUUAAGUCCCUUAAUUAUCAAAUGUUAUAUGAUAGUACACCUUCGUAAUUGCUGAACAUCAAAUUAUAUGUAGUUCACUGUAACCUGUUUUUUUCGCUUUUUUUUCUUAUUUACGUCAAAGAACAGUUUUUGUACUAUGUAUUGUAUAUAAUACGUAUUACUCAUUGCUUUUUCUCCAUAUAUGUACCAUUUUUUACUACUUACAUUCACCUUUUCAUACUUUAAAUUUCUAUUUAAUUGCCUGACCUAAUUUGUUUAGUGAUGUUUAUAACCCAAUUAUAGUUUAUUCAGUGCCCGUAUGUCAGUUUAGUCAUUCUGAAAGCGAAGCAUCUAUGUUGGUAACAUCUUACUCUUACCAUUUCUGACGAGCCAUCGACAAUAUUUAUCUGGCUCCGAACUAUCUUUGUCACAUUAAAUUUAUAUAUAUAAUUAUAUAGUAUUCCGUGUGUUUUCAUAAAAGGAGCUUUGAUUGUAAUAAGUUAAUCUAUAAACGUUUACAUAUAGCUGAGUUAUAAUAAUUGACCAUGGGGAACUAAACAGUGAACUUGAAGUAAAUUGACUUAAUCGUUAAGAGAAACUUUAACAUUUGAUAAUUGCGAUAGUAUUUAUGUAUGUUAUUAAUCCAUACAGGAUUAAUGAACUAAUUGUAUGCUAUCGUAUGUUGCAUUUAAACCAUCUGGUGUUUUAAUACUUUGCUCUUCAAACCUUCAAUUCACGGUAAUGGUUUGUUUUAUUUCGUACAUUUUAUCCCAGGCGACCAUGUUUAUUAAUUGAUCUGGGUCAUGUGAUACAUGGGGAAUAACUCGUUAUACAAACAGGGAUACAAACAGUGAUGAGAAUGAGCGUUAGAAAAUAUACGUUAGAUUUCGGUUGCGAAGGCGAAGGAAGGGUUGGGCUAUAGAUCAGUGACAAGCGAAAACAGACUGUCGGAUACUUGAGUAUUUGUUUUUUCAUCAUAAAUGUUAAUCCGUUUUUUAUUAGACGUGUAUACUAUAUAUGUGGAACAAAUUUUUCACAUGCUUUGUUUCCGAGAAUAUAAAUUUUUCGGAGUUACUGAGUUCGGGAGACCAGGACGGACCGGGAUCGUUUUUAUCAUUAUACGAACAUUUAAACAAUCUUUAGAUUUUGUUUCUUGUGCAACAUCUUCACAACAACUGGAAUAAAGGGACGUCGGGUGCCUAGUGAGACACCACAGAGAAAACAGUAAGAGCAAGGAAGAGUUACAGUUGCAAUGGGGCAAAAUAUAAAUUUGGAUUCGUCAAUGUCAAUAUCAAUCGCGAUUUGCAAGAGGGAUUCACAUGUGUCGCCUCAUGUACAAAUGUUAGUUAAUAUAUGAAUGGGAAAGUUUUUCAAUUUUGGCAUUGAUGUCAAAAUCAGAAAAUAACGACUGCUUGGGAUAAAUAUGUAAAUAUAUCAGUUGGAACUCUUAUUUCAUAGAAAUUCUAGAUUAUAAUUUUUGCAUUUAUAAUGUUUUACAAUUAAUCUUUUAACAAAAAUAGAAAAUGUGGUUGGACAUGCCUCCUAAUUGAGAUAUAGGGGAUGAGGGGUUGCAGUUUCAUAACUUGCAUUGCAACCAUUUAUCAUACUUUUGUAAACUGGAUUGAAGAUAUAUGAAGGCGCCAAGUAUAACAAAAUAAGUACGUCCGCGCUUGUUGCUUGGUAUCAGCUGAUUACUGGUUAGUAAAUAUAAUAGCAGACACAUAUGAAUACAAGUUAUUAGGAUCAUUUAAAUCUUGUAUAUAUACAGUAAUAGGGAGGAUUAAUCGUUCAUUGCCAACAUCGGAAAUUCUGUCAUUAAUGAUUACACAUGAUGAUAUGACUAUAUUUCUGUAUUGAAAUGAAAACAUUUAAGGCACAUUUUCUUAUGUAAAUAACUUCAUAUCAUUUUCAUUACAAACAAAUCUUUUUAAAAUGACUUUGCUCAAUAUAUAUACUUCACUCAGGCAAGUGACAACUAUGUUUAAUGAAAUAGUAGUUUUUUUCACAUUUCGUAGUACUACAAUUUGUGGUGGUAGGAUGACGCACCCGCCUUUUAGCAAGGCGCCCGGGGUCCGUUUCCCUGAUCAGACGUGAACAUAUAUUUGAUCACCUGGCCAUUCACGUGUGUUUUAUCCGGAUACUUUUGUUUCUCCUCAAAUUAAGACAAUCUGUGCUCUUCCAUUCGGGCCCAUAAGAGUGAUUGACAUCAGUUGGAAAACGUGUUACCAAUUGUUGUAAAAUCAACAAUGUAUACAUAUAUACUACAAUUUGUAAAAGUUCAUGUACCUUUCAAAAUAAUAUGAGAUGAAUCUUCCUCCCAAAGAGUUGAUAUGCCUCUAUUAUUGUUUGAGUUUUGUUCUAGUUUUAAGAUUGUAUACCAUUUUACCAUUUGAUAUGUAAGAUAUUCCCUACUGUGAAAACAUGAAUUGUCAAUUAAAUGUGUACAGCAUGAUUUAUUGCUUUUGAAUUCUGUCAAUUAAAUAAAAUUAAUUAUUGUCCUAUGUUCGAUGUGUUGCAUUAAUCAAUAUGUUAUUAAAUUAUGAAUCCCACAAAACUAUGUUGAAGGCCAUAGUAUCAUCUCCUCAAAAUUCAAUCACAGGGUUUACUGUAUUUGAAUUCAGAUAAGAACAUCAUGGGCAUUUCAAUAGGUCGUUACAACACCUGUACCUGUCUAAUAGAUUAACAAAAUUUACAUUCAUGCAUGAAUGUCUGAAGCUCUUGCUGCAUACACACAAAUACCUUGUCAUUGUUAACUGUAUCCCUUGUAUCUUGUUCAGUAGCUGUCUCUUCUUAAAAAGUUGUCCAUUAUUAUUACAAAGAGUGCUGCUUUUUAAAUAGGCGAAACGUCUCAUACCGUCCAUUUUGUGAGCGAAUAAACAGAAACUUAGCCCUAUGGGUAUCGAUCAGUCCAUUAUCUCACAGAAUGGACAGCUUUUCGGAAUUUCUCUUUUACAUACAGGAGGACAGGAUUUCCAUUUCCUUCGACAUCACACGCCAUUUCGAUCUUUCAAAGUCUUUUGCACUUAUAGAGUCACGUUUACAUGUUUGCAUGAGGUUACCGUUAUACGCGAUAGAACACCUCGAGCUGGCGUGACAAGUGUUGGAAAUUCUAUAUUACAAAUUCAUAAUGAUACCAGGCAACAGGAUGGCAGGGUGUUUGCUCAAUCAUGAAGUUUACCCCAUGCAUAUAGCAAAACUAGCCCCAAAACUGCGAAAAUCUAUGAAAGAUCAAAAUAUCAUGUGAUGUCGGAGGAAACGGCGAUCAUGUCCGUGAAAGGUGAAUAA